AUGAAGUUGCAACACGGCGGCACCAAAGCACCAGCCGCCCAGUUCGUCAUCGAGGCUCCUCAGGCAGACCAGACUCGCAGAAAGCGUGCUCGUCUCGUUACCUCCUGCGACCAUUGUCGAUUCAAAAAGAUCAAAUGUCUCCAGCCCGCACAGUCGAGUCCCUGUGAGGCAUGCUCGACCGCAGGUAUCCCGUGUCUCUACCGCGAUCGUGAAAAAUACUUUGCGGAACGAAACCGCGUCAUUUCUCGUGCCUCCUCCAGCUCGCGCAGCUCUUCGUCUGGCAGUCCAGAGCUAUCUCCCCAGGUAUCGAUCUCCAUCCUCAAUACGCACAGGCGAUCGCCGAGCACCGUCUCGACAUCACCUUCACCCCCUACCAACUCCGACAUCUACCUGCCACCCCCUGCCGACUUCUCGUACCCCCACGCACCUUCUGCGUGGCCGUUUGAUGCGCUGAACGACACUCAGCCCCUCGCGCGUUCACAUUCGUCGAUCUCUCUGCCGCAGUCGUGGGAGGACUACUACACCGUCCCUGAGCAGCCGGGGCUCAGAAUCAGCAGUGCCGCGUACGGCACGCCGCAGAAACCUCCACAGGCUAUGCAGAGCUCGACAUCCACGUUGUUCGACCCGAGCUGGCCGGACCGUCCGAACCCCGCGCUCAUGGCACACUUCAUUCAGACGUACUUUGACAACUACGGUCAUAUCUUUCCGUUCCUCUCGUUCAAUGACAUAGUGCAGCGGUUCCUCAACCAGUCGCUAUCUCCUCUUCUCGCCAACUGCAUCGCGGCGCUGGCAGCUUGGAACUCGAACGAUGCUGAGAUUUUGCAAAGGGGAGCAUCAAACACUUCCAACGACUACUGUGACCAUGCCAAGAGGCUGCUUUCGCAGACGGAGCUAUUCGACUCCGUCGAAACUCUACACGUUCUUAUCCUUCUCGCGUGGGCCGAGUACAUCAGAGCGCGCAACCUCGACUUCUGCGCCAACAUCCAGAAAGCGCAGGUAAUGGCUCAGCGUCUCGGACUGGCCGACGGCAGUCGCAUCCGGAUGGUAAGCAGCGAGUACGAGCGCGCGACCCUGCAGUCCACCUGGACAGUCAUCUGGCAGCUGAGCCUCACGGUCGAAUCCGGCAAACUCUGA